AUGGGCUUUCUGGAAAACUACCAGGAGAUCGACCCUGUCACUUUGAACCUUUGCAUCCUCAUUGCCAGCUAUGUUAUCUUGCUCCUGGUCUUCCUGAUAUCGUGUAUCAUGUACGACUGCCGGGGCAAAGAUCCCUCCAAGGAGUACGCCCCGGACCCGCAGCCGACUCAGUCUCCCAUCAGGCUGGUGGUGAUGCAGAGCUCUCCAGCCCCAGUGGGACGGUGGGAAACGGCCAACAUGAUCACAACCUACCACGAACCAACACACUCAGACUUCAGGGAGAAGAAGAGCACGAUGGUCUGA